AGGGGCUGUGGCCGCUGGCCGAGGCCGGCGCCGGCGUGGGUCCGUCCGGGUGGUCGGCGUCCCCGCACCCGCACCCGGGAGGAGGCAGCGGGUGCUCCGAGGAGGAGCGGGGCAUUUUGCUCCUCCGCCGCCCUCGAACGUCUCCCGGAACACCUCACGUUUGCCCUGAGGUGGGGAGUCUGAGGGGCGCGCUCUAGGCCCUCCUCCGCCUCCCGCUGCUCCUUCUCCUCAGCCUGCGCCGCGAGCGGCCGCCCGGACCUCGCCGGGAGUGGCGGGCUGGACCCACACCCCGCGUGGGGGGUGGGGAGGGCUGUGUCCCUUAACCCCAAUGCCCUCCGCGAGAAGAGCUGAGUGGCCGUUGUGGUUGGAGCCGAGGAGGUUUCCCUUGGUGGCGAGUGCGGCCAGAACACCGGUCACUUUAGUUUUACGCGCGCACGUGUGUGAGUCUGGUAUAAGUUGGUUUCCUGAGAUUCUGUCUUAGUGAAAAGGAAUUGGAAAAUACUCUUGGAAAGAAAUCUGGGACAAUAAGAAAGCAAGAAUUUGUUUUUACAUGGUUGUCAGCUCUCUUACAAAUAUGGACACUUUUCCCACCAUUUUCCCUCCUGGUGGAGACAGUGGCUUGACAAGUUCCCAGUCUGAGUUUCAAAAAAUGUUAAUUGAUGAAAGAUUACGAUGUGAACAUCAUAAAACUAAUUAUCAGACUCUGAAAGCUGACCACACAAGGUUGCAAGAUGAAUAUGUGAAAUCACAAAAUGAACUGAAACGCCUAUUAAGUGAAAAGCAAACUAACCAGGAAAAAUUUCAGUUGCUGCUUGAAGAAUUAAGAGGGGAAUUAGUAGAAAAAACUAAAAACUUAGAAGAAGUGAAGCUGCAGGUAUUAACUCCACAAAAAUUGGAAUUAUUAAGAGCCCAGAUACAACAAGAAUUAGAAACUCCAAUGAGAGAACAGUUUAGAAAUCUAGAUGAAGAGGUAGAAAAGUAUAGAGCUGAGUAUAAUAAGCUGCGCUAUGAACAUACAUUUCUUAAAUCAGAAUUUGAACACCAGAAAGAAGAAUUUGCACGACUCUUAGAAGAAGAAAAAAUAAAAUAUGAAUCGGAGAUUGCAAGAGUGGAGAAAGAUAAAGAAGAACUGCAUAACCAGCUAUUAAGUAUUGAUCCCUCAAGAGAAAGCAAACGAAUACAGCAACUUGUUCAAGACAAACUCCAUUUGUGUCAGAAAUUAAAAAGUUUAGAGGAAGAAGUAGCCGAAUUAAGGGCUGAAAAAGAGAAUUCUGGGGCUCAGGUAGAAAGUGUUCAAAGAAUUCAGGUGCGGCAGUUGGCAGAGAUGCAAGCUACAAUCAGAUCCCUGGAGGCUGAGAAGCAGUCUGCUAAACUACAGACUGAACACUUGGAAAAAGAGCUACAAUCAAGCAAUGAACAAAAUACUAUUUUAAUCACUAAAGUGCAUAAAGCUGAACGAGAAAUAAAUACAUUAACUAGUAAAGUAAAAGAACUUAAGCACUCAAACAAAUUAGAAAUAACAGACAUCAAACUGGAGGCAGCAAGAGCUAAAAGUGAGCUAGAAAGAGAAAGAAAUAGAAUUCAGAAUGAACUGGAUGGAUUACAGUCAGACAAUGAAAUUCUUAAGUCAGCUGUUGAACACCACAAAAUGCUCUUAGCGGAAAAGGAUCGUGAAUUAGUACGUAAAGUACAAGCUGCCAAAGAAGAAGGUUAUCAGAAACUUGUAGUAUUACAGGAUGAAAAGCUAGAACUUGAGAGCAGAUUAUCGGAUUUAGAGAAAGUGAAAGUGGAUCAUGACGUCUGGAGGCAGUCUGAAAAGGAUCAGUGCGAAGAGAAGUUGCGGGCCUCACAGAUGGCAGAAGAGGCGGCCCGAAGAGAGCUUCAGAAUAUUAGGUUAAAACUUCAACAGCAAGCUCUGGAUAUAGAAAAUGCUGAGAAAGAAAAAAGUGAAAAUUUGGACCUAAAAGAGCAAAUCAGUAAUUUGCAGAUGCAAGUGACAUCACUUACACAGUCAGAGAAUGAGUUAUUGAAUUCAAACCAACUUCUGAAGGAAACGGUGGAGAGAUUAAAACAUGAGUGCCGACAUUUGAGAAGCCAAGCCGAAAAAGCACAAAUAGAAGUUGAAAAGACAGUGGAAGAGAAACAGAUACAGUGGUUGGAAGAAAAGCACAAACUUCAUGAGCGCAUUACAGACAGAGAAGAAAAGUAUAAUCAAGCUAAAGAGAAACUGCAGCGAGCUGCCAUUGCCCAGAAAAAGAGAAAAUCUCUUCAUGAAAACAAACUGAAGAGACUUCAAGAGAAAGUAGAAAUCUUGGAGGCAAAGAGAGAAGAAUUAGAAACCGAAAACCAGGUGUUAAAUAGGCAAAAUGUUCCAUUUGAAGAAUAUACAAGGCUUCAAAAAAGACUGAAGGAUAUACAGAGAAGACAUAAUGAGUUUCGAAGUUUAAUUUUGAUUCCUAACAUACCUCCAACUGCAUCCAUCAAUCCUGUUAGCUUUCCAUCAUCAUCCAUGGUUCCAGGCAUGGAAUUACCAUUUCCUCCUCAUAUGCAGGAGGAACAGCAUCAAAGGGAACUAUCUCUACUUCGCAAAAGGCUAGAAGAACUAGAAACAACACAGAGAAAACAGCUAGAGGAACUUGGAUCUCCUGGGGAAUGAUGUUCUUAGAGAAAUAGCAGAUCAAAGGAAUAAAAUCAGUGACUCAAUAAAGCCUGAAGUUUUCAUGUAUGUGGCAUUUAGAUCCCUUAUUACUGUUUGCCAAAACACUCCAAUGUGCCUCAAGAAAAGGUACCAGCUACCUACCGUGUUGCAUAAGGGUUGGAAGUUCAGGAUCACCCUAAUGACAGAGAAGCAGUAAAAACAGUUUGAGAUGUUUAAAUAUUUAUUGACAACCCUCCAAGAAAGAAAAAAUGGAAAGGAAUAAUAGGGAAUCAAGUUUUAAAUUACUGGAUUUUU